GAAAAGGGACGGGCAAAAUCUACGUAGGAGGAGAAUUAGCGCUGAAUUUACUCAAUCCUACGCAGAAUUUUCCUAUAAAAAGGCAUGGAAGACUGGCGUUAAAGCACAUUUCGGCGAUCAACAAACCGAAAGCAACAUGAAAACCAUCCUCUUUCUAUCGGUCCUCGUUGGAAUUGCAAUCGUAGCAAACAGCGAAACAUCUAAGAAAGAAAUAAAGAAAGAUGUAUCAUUUGAUAAAGGCAAUUUCGACAAUGUGAGAGGUGAAAAAAAUGUGAAGGACAAAUAUAAUUUAAAAAAGGAUUCAAAACGAGUAAUAUCUGGAAUGCCUGUAAUGACUGGAUUGCCUGGAAUGACUGGAUUGCCUGGAAUGACUGGAAUGCCUGGAAUGACUCCAACUAACCUCGAUUUAAUCACACUUGGUGGGUUCCUAAGCAAUUUGAACUUGGACCUUAUUGGAUUUUUAAAUUGUACCUUUAACAAGCUUAUGAUAAAUUUGGAUCAAUGCCAACUUGGUGACCUCUCUUUAAGAAGCGAUACCCUAAACAGAUUUCGUCGCAAGGACAGAUGCGAUAGUUGUGGUACGGAUCCGAGUGAUCCAAUGGCAUCGAUGAACGAGCUCUGUCCGGAACUUAAUAAUAUUACGAGUUAUUUGGGUUGCAUUCUCAUUCAGCUUUCUUAUUUCGAUUGUCUCGAUUACAUUGACGAUUGUCUUACGGAUCUUCUGAAUUGUCUCGGACUGUAUCUUGAUUCACUUUUUAGUAACGAAAUAGAUUGUGACGAUUUAUCCGUCUUUCUUGCAUAUGUCAUAGCGAUUGUUGAAAAUAUUUUAAGUAUUUUAUUAGACGGUUCGUUUGGACAAACCCCUUUUCCAAACAUUACAAAUUUUUGCUUAACAUUAGACCUAAAGCGGAAGAUAUAAUCGACGAAUGAUAUAAGAAAUAUUCUGAUAAUUAAUACAAAAUAUUAAAUACGUAAUCUAAUUUUAAAUCGAUUUCAUCAUUAU